CUGCGCCGAGCUUGUUUGUGCAGAUGGCAGAUCUUCCGUGUUGCAAAUGUUCACGAGUGAGUCGUCAAACCAGAUUUCUGUAGGCAGGUCUCUCAUUGUGCCAAUGACAAGGUCUUAAAUGCAGAGCUUACAGUCAACUCGGUGUUCUACCUAGUUUUAUAGGCCAAGGCUACUCGAUGGCGAUUUGAUAUCGCUAAUUUCAACUGUCCGACCGUGUUUCACGCGAGUUACUUUUACGAGAACAAAAGGACUUGACUUGCCAUGUCUGUAAAUCUAAGCAAAAAUGGCACGGAGCUUUCUGCCGCGUACAAUGAAGUUCUGGACGGGAAAAGAAGCACCAAUUGGGCCCUGUUUACAUACGAGGGGAACACGAAUGACAUCCGUGUGGCAGGAAAAGGAGAUGGGGGUCUGGAGGAGAUGGCGGAAGAGCUCAACAGUGGGAAGGUGAUGUAUGCCUUCUGCCGCGUACUCGACGAGAACUGCGGGGUACCAAAGUAUGUUCUGAUAAAUUGGUUUGGAGAAGGAGUCAAAGAGGUCAGGAAGGGGACGUGUGCCAAUCAUGUCCGCUCGAUGGCCAAUUUCCUCAGGGGUGCCCACGUGACCAUCAACGCUCGGUCAGAGGACGACGCGGACCCAGAGACGAUAUUGCAGAGUGUGGCCAAGGCAGCGGGUGUAAACUACAGCAUUCACAAGGAGUCCAACAACAAAUACAGUGACGCCGGCCCCAGAGGACCUGUGGGAUCAGUAUAUCAGAAAACUGUUGCCGCAGAGGAGAUCAAGGGGACUAACAGGGAUAACUUCUGGGCAAAAGCAGAGCAAGACGAGAAGAACCGGAGGCUUGAGGAACGCAAGAGGGCAAACGAGGAACGACAGCGUUUGGAAAAAGAGAGGCAAGACCAGGACGCCAGGGAGGCGAGUGAGCGGGAAAAGAAGCAAAAGGAGAGAGCCAGCCAGAUCGACCAACAGAGACAAUUUGAGAAGAAGAUGGAGGCUGAAAACAAAGAGAAAGAACAACAACAGUUGGAGAGUCAGCAAGAGACAUCGGAGAGGAGGGGAAUAAAGAAAGCGGAGUCUGUGCAGAAGGCAAAUGAGGCUGCGUCUCUCAUCUCCCAGCGAUCUCUCAACCCGAGAGACAUGUUUAAACAGAUGGAGAGGGGCUCGUCUGGCAGCAAUGGGGUCUCCACAUCUGCCUCCCAGCCUGGGCGCCUGAAAAGCCCAUUCCUGUCCAAACAGCCCAGUGAAGAGGCUCCCACACCUCUGCCUAUCUGUGUGAAGAAACCAGACCCCAUUGGAUACCUUAUCGAAGACACACCGGCACCUGCACCUGAACCAGAACCAGAACCUCAGCCUGUCGCUGAACUCCAACCUGAACCUGUACCAGCGACCUUCACUGACGAUCAGGUUACGUCAGACUCAGUGGAGGAAUUCGAUGAUGAAUGGCAAGAUUCAGGAUCAGAAACAGCUGGGGAAGCAGAGCCGGCACAACCUGACGUGGCGAAUGAACAAAUCUACGAAGAUGUAGCCGACUAUGACAUCUACCAGGAUGUUGCAGAGGAAACCCAGGAAGCAGCUGAGCCUGCUGUUGUGAAUGAGGAGGCUGGGAGUUCGGUCAGUGCCAGGGCUCUGUAUGACUACCAGGCUGCGGAUGACACGGAGAUCACCUUUGACCCUGAUGACAUCAUCACCGGAAUAGAAAUGAUCGAUGAAGGAUGGUGGCGAGGAUACGCACCCAACGGCCACUAUGGCAUGUUCCCGGCCAAUUAUGUUGAGUUAAUGUAAAGAACGAUUGUACCAGAAACAUUUGAAAUCAGAAUACAAUGUCACUGAUGUCCACUUUAAAUCACCUGAAGAAAGCAUGUGGUGGAGAUUAUUUUUGCACCAGAUUGUACAAAAAAGGGCAAUUUUAAUUCAUUUGAAUAAUAAAAGUAUACUUUGAUCAUUG